GCGCGCCGCGCGCUUGUGUUUAGAAGCGUUGCUGCGCGACCGUUGUUCUGAGCUGGAGUUUGGAAGUGCGAGCUUUUCUGUUCCCACUUUGUGAGGACGCGGGUGGGCGCGUCCACAGCGCCCGCGCUGGGCUCCGGAGGCGGCGGUGGGGAGCUGAGGAGAUGAGAGUAAGCUGGAGGCUAUCAUGGUGCUCCUGGUCUCUGGGCCUGAGUGGUCACUGAGGUCUGAGGAGAAUGCCAAGAUACAGAGAGAAGCUUGGGCCACAGGAUGCUCCUGCUCAUCCUCAGCAGGCACCAUUGGUCCUAAUUUGCCAGUGAGAAACCUGAGACUCAGGAAAAGCAAUGAGGUUCCCAAGAUCACACAGACAGGAUGGAAGCAUCAGGGUUGGGACUCAAAUCUCAUCAGGACUGGUCCUGUCUCCCAUAUUAAGGAAGUAUGUGAAAAUAAAGAUGAAAAAUGGACCUUUGAAGACUCUGGAAUCACAACAGUAUUGGAGAAGGCCAAUUCACUAGGUAGUGGUCUACUGCAAGUGAAUGAAGACAACAGUUUAAAUGAAGUAUAUCAAGAUGAAACAAGGCCUGCAAAGAAAACGACUCAGGGAAUUGAACAGGGACAAUGCCAGAUAAAUUCUACAGAUGACGAAAUAACUCAGUCAUGGCAAAUAGCCUCAGAGGAUUAUGAGUGGCCUCACCCUAAGAAUACUCUGUUGCUAAUUGAAAAACUUCAAAUGGACUGUAAAGAUUCUGUCAGCCUAUUGAAAAUCCAAGAUGCUGUACUUUCAUAUGAAAGAGUAAUAGAAUUUAAAAAAAGUCACUGUAGACUGCUGAUAGGAAAAAUUAGGUAUAUGGAAAAUAAGGUCAGUAGACUACAAAAACAACUCUCAGAAAUAACAGAAGAGAAAACACAGUUGAAGCGCCAAACAGUAGAAAGGGAACAAGAAUGCUGCAGUUUGAGAAUCUGCAUUGACAGGAAGCUGGAGUCAGAAAUCAGAGCCAGCAACUGGACCCAGAUAACUGCAGUAUGGCACACAAGCGUCUUAACUGCUAUAUUUACAUUAAAGAAAGAAAAAGAAAAGAGAAGAAAUGCUGAUAUAUUGUCUGAAAAAAUUGGGGAAGAGUUAAAAAGAAAAGAAAAGCAAUAUAGUAAAGAAGUUGAAAUGAAAGGACAACUUGAACUGACACUUAAAACAUUAGAAAUGAAAUUGAGGACUGUAAGAAGUAAUUUGAAUCAGUUGCAAGAAACACAGAAUCGCAACAUUGUGCAAGAAGCUAUGAAGAGGCUUGAAAGUGAAAAUUCUCAGUUAAAACUUACAAUCAAAGAACAGGCAGACAAAAUAAAACAGAUUCAGCAAAACCUGUUAAAUCCAAGUUCAAUUGAUGAUCUUAGAAUAAAACUGGAUACUGCAUCUUCAAAAUGUCAGCAUAUGUACACAAUGAAUGAAACUCUUCAACAACAGUUGAGAUCUCUGAAAACAAUAGAAAGGAAAUAUAAAAAACUGGAAGAGGAAAAAAAUCAAUUGAAGCAAACAGUAAUAAACCUCAAAAGUCAUAUAGAAAUGAAUAUGGCAGAACAUGAUCAAGUAGCAUUGUAUAAACAGGAGAUUGAAGAAAGAGCAAGGCAAUAUAUAGUAGACAGAUUAAAAGAAGUCAAUCUAUUUUUACAGGCACAAUCAGCAUCUCAGGAAAAUAUAAAUCAUUCAAGAGACAAUAAUAAUUCUUACAUAAGGACCCGCAUGGAACUCAAAAUCAAUGACCUAGAAUCUGAAAUCUCCAAACUGAAAGCUGUUAAGGAUUCUAAUAAUACAGAAUUGGAAAAAUAUAAACUAUUCUACCUAGAAGAAUUAAAAGAUAAGAAAUCAUUGUCAACUGAAUUAAAUGAAACUAAAAGGAGGCUAGCUGAAAUCACCAUGGAGCUUCACACGGAGAAGCAGCUGAAUAGAUCUCUACUCAGCACUCCGACCAUGAGGCCUGUCCUAGAGUCACCAUAUUGUGGAAACCCUAAGAACAGUUUCGUGCUCAAUAGAGAUCUUGUUGUAAAGGAAAACUUAGUGAUUCCCAUCUUAAGACCACAGCCAUCAAAUAAUACCAUGGAUGACUAUUUGACCAAGAUACAUCUGGAGUUGGACAAAUGUAUCACUAGGGAACUAGAAAAACAAAAUGGUUCUGAUGAAUGUGCAUCUGUAUUCUACCAGUCUUCUCAGAUACAACCUACUCAAGUUGAAGAUCUACUUUUGAACGCAUCACAAGAAUACGUACAGUUUUUGAACAAAAAAUAUAUGGUCUGAAAGACAAAAUCUUACUGAAUAAACAGAAUCUAACUCUUGUUUUUUCUUAUUAAAUACAUGACCUUGGAAAUCAUUAAAGGAGAAUAUUCUCAUAUUAUGAUGUAUGGCAAAAAUUUGUAUAGCAUUUAAAGCUAUUUUUUGGGAUCAAUAACUAAGUUUUCAGGAGAUUUUGCAGAUGAAAAUGAGUAGUAUUAAGUUUAGCCAGUCAAGACAAUAAAAUGCU